AUGGACUUGCACCUGCUCAGAGCAGACUCUCCCAUGGCCGUCCGACACAUUGACCUCUGCUACGACCACACCGAUUCGACGCGGUCCGCUCUGCGCCUGAUAUACACACUAUGCCCCGACUGGGAGCACUCGGAAGGCCCGGUUGAACUGAUCCCUUUCACAGAGGGCAUCACAAAUACUCUUAUGAAAGCGAUCAAGAAGCGACCAGGAUACACACAACAGGACAUUGACGCGGAUGCCAUCCUCUUGAGAGCAUACGGUAAAGGAACAGAUGUCUUGAUAGACCGCGAGAGAGAAACUCGAUCGCAUUCUCUGCUUGCGGGCCGCGGACUAGCGCCUCCGCUGUUCGCACGCUUCGAGAACGGCCUACUGUACAAAUACAUCGCGGGCGACGUAUGCAGUCCAGAAGACCUCCGCCGACCAGAUGUAUACCGCGCCGUCGCACGAAGACUCGGUCAAUGGCACAGCACACUACCCAUUGCCGCCAUUAGCUCGCUACAGACACUCCAAGACCAGAAUGACGUUUCAGACGCAUCGCAAAUCGAACAACAUGUAGACAAAGCUGGAAAUGUGAGGCCGAAGCCGAGUCUCUGGACCGUCAUGCAAGAGUGGAUUCACGCGCUACCAGUCGCUACACAGAAAGAGAAGGAUCGCAAGGACAUGCUACAAACAGAACUCACACAUCUCUCCCACGAACUAGGCUCAACUCCCGGCUUGGACGGCUAUGACUACAUUUUCGCCCAUUGCGAUCUGCUAUCCGGCAAUGUAAUCGUACACCCAGGUCAGAGGGAAGGAGGGAAAGGCCUCACAGUAAGCUUUAUCGACUACGAGUACGCAACGCCCGCACCCGCUGCCUUCGAUAUCGCCAAUCACUUUGCCGAAUGGGGCGGUUUCGACUGCGACUACACCGUUCUGCCCACUCGCAGUCAGCGCGCCGACUUCAUCACCCAAUACCUCGCCUCUUACCGCAAUUUCGCUCCUGUAUCGGAUUCGGAAACCAUCGAGCGCGAAAAGCAGCAAUUGAUAAACCAAGUCGACACUUUCCGCGGUCUGCCAGGCUUCUACUGGGGUAUCUGGGCUCUGAUUCAAGCGACCAUCUCGCAAAUUGACUUUGAUUACGCUUCAUAUGCCGAGAUCCGAUUGGGCGAGUACUGGGCUUGGAAGGCUGAGCAGGACGGAUCGAGAGAAAGAGAAGGACGUGAGCCGACGUUGCGGGAGAAGAGAUGGGCUGAGGAGUAG